AUGCUGGCCCAUCCAUCGGGGAGCGUCCUAGGAGACAGAGGCGGCCCGCUGGAGAGAACGGAGAUGGAGCGGCGCAGCAAGCUGGGUCGUCCGCCACGACGUCGUCGUCGACCUAACAAAGACGGGCACAACGGGCAGCCUGGAACACCGCGCGUAGCGGAAACCGCUACCCCCUCGUCUGGCAUCAUCUCCGACAAGCCAUCAGGGGCCUCUUCAGGGAAGAAGCCGAAUCAUCGCGGGGCCAAAUUCAAGGGCUCCCUCUCCGAGGCUACGUCUAGCAGUGCAGUCAAGUCUGCUUCAGAUGCCAAACCUUCCGAGAAGUAUCGUCUCGCCGUUCCGCAAGGCGACGACCUGACGUCGAGGAUGAUCUACGAACUCUCUACUCCGCCCUUCCCCGACUGUCUCAUUUGCUUCGCUCCCAUCCACCCUGCACAGCCGACAUGGUCGUGCUCGCCGUCCAAUCCCAUUUCGACAGUUCCAGACGAUGACGCGAGCGCCUCCGAGACCCGACGCGCAGGGGAGACCGCGCAGUGUUGCUGGACGACGUUCCAUCUGAAGUGCAUCCGGUCAUGGGCGGCAAAGAGCGUCAAAGACGUCGUCGAGGCGUGGCGGGCUCGAGGAGAGGAGCGGGAGGGUAACUGGCGAUGCCCAGGCUGCCAGUCCAAGAGGGUGCCGGUGCCGAGCAGUUACUGGUGCUUCUGCGGAUCGAUGCCAGAGCCCAAGCCGUCACGUCUGGCGACUCCGCAUUCGUGCUCGAACCCAUGCUCACGACCCCGCGUCACGACGUCGCUCCCCUGCCACUGCGAGAAGGAGACAAUGUUGUUCCGGUGCUCCAGUCUGGCACCGAGUAGGGCGUCGAACAGGGCGUCUGCUGAGCUGUCGUGCGGAAAACGGUGUGGACGCAAGCUGAAGUGCGGUAACCAUGAAUGCGAGGACGUCUGUCACCCCGGGCCAUGCGAAGCGUGCAAGGUGCGCGACCUGGUCCGAUGCUACUGCGGACGCGAGGAGAAGGAGGUCCCUUGUGGUGACGGCGAGGAAAAGCAGUGUGUCCUCGCUGCAGGAGAGCAAGAGACCAGAUGGGUCGGUCGAUACCAAUGCAGCCAUCCCUGCGACCGACCGUUUGACUGCGGUAUCCACCGCUGCUCUAACCAUCACUCGCUCGAUCCGUCCUCAGCGAUCCACUUCCCGCCUAGAACGAGGCUGCCCCGCACGGCGUGCACGGACCUGAUACCGACCUGCGAGUCGAUAUGCAUGAAGCCGCUCGAAGGGUGUGAGCAUGCAUGCGCGAUCAUGCGCGUCCGGCCUUGUCGCUGUGGCUCGACCACACGAGACAUCCCCUGCUUGAAGCUCCCAUGUGGCGCUCUGCGUGCCUGUGGACGGCAUCAGUGCAACCGCUUAUGUUGUCCGUUGGCGAGUGUGGCAGGCGCGGCGAAGGGAAAGGGGAAAGCGAAGAAACACGGGGACAUGCAGAUUCUUGACGAGGCUGGCUGGCACGAAUGCGAUCUUCCCUGCGGAAAGUUACUCGCGUGUGGGAAUCACCAUUGCGAGCUACGAGACCAUCGUGGCGCGUGUCCGUCCUGUCUGCGGAGCUCGUUUGAAGAGAUGACUUGCAAUUGUGGUCGUACGGUCCUCGAGCCUCCCAUCCCGUGCGGGACACGGAUUAACUGUUACUAUCCGUGCGCCCGCCCGCCGCUGCCCUGCGGACACCCGAAGGCCCAGCACGCAUGCCACGAAGACCCGACGCCGUGUCCACCAUGUCCGUUCCUCGCUAGUAAGCUUUGUGCCUGCGGCAAGAAGACAGUAGACAACGUCCGAUGCUCGCAGGAGAAGGUGUCGUGCGGUACGCCCUGCGGAAAGUUGUUGUCGUGCGGGUUCCACCACUGCGAGCGGCUCUGCCACGGCGACGAGUGCGGACCGUGCAAUUCGACGUGUGGGAAGCCUAGGAAACUCUGUUUGCCUGCGUUGCAUCCGUGUACCCAUCCAUGCCACGCACCCGCCGCCUGCGACGAGAGCGAUCCCUGUCGCUCUAUUGUUCACAUCUCUUGUCCAUGUGGCCGUAUUCGCCAGCCCGUCGCCUGUGGAAGGAGCACGAGCAAUCCGGGCGGGCGGGAGGGCUCGCAGUUGCUCAAGUGCUCCCCCGAGUGUCUUGUAGCGAAGCGUAAUGCACGGUUAGCCGAGGCAUUAGGGAUCAAUCCCGACAAGACGGGUCCCGCGAAGGAAGUCGUAUACGGUGACGAGCUGCUCGCCAUCGCGCGGCGCGAGCCCAAGUUCUGCCAGAUGGUUGAGAGGAGCUUUGCGGAAUUCCUCAGCUCGGAGAAGAAGAGUCAGGUGUUGGCUCACAUGCCGGAGCCGAGGCGAAAGUUCGUGCAGGCGCUCGCGGGCAUGUACCGUAUGGACAGUCAGGUCGUCGACCAGGAACCGAACCGUAGCGUGCAGAUUAUUCGGAGGAUCGAUUCUCGUAUCCCGACGCCUCUACUGUCGGGUGCGGUUGCUGCUCCAACCUCGGCUACCACGCCUGCGCACAACCUAGGCAAGCUUGCCGAUCUACGCAACCCCGGUUCGGGCCUGCAGCCUCUAAAUAGACCAAAGGCCGUUCCUACUCCUGCAUCAACGCCGGCCCCGGCCUGGACGGCAGGUGCAGGCAGCGCUUCUGCGGGAGGGUGGAGAGCAGUUGUCGCGGGUCAAAGUUCGCAGCAGCGCCGACCUGCGACUGCGUGGGGUUCACCCACGAGCAGUACGUCGCGGCCGCCUUCGCGCCCGUCGAUGCCUGCGACACCACCGAGAGCGUCGCCGACGCCCUCCGUCCCCGCAACGGUCACUCAGCCUACGGCGGAUGUCCCUGAUGAUUGGGAAGACGACGCUUGA